UUAAAAAGAAAAAGAAAUUGAAUAUGAAUCGAACACUCUAAGUCUUUAUAUUUUGUGUGGUUCUCAGUCACAGGUGAAAGGAGGAGUGUUCCACCAUCUUUGUGGUAAUUAAUCUGCUGCUGCUGCUGCAGAUAGGAUAGGUGUGUGGAAGCCAUGGCUAUGGCAGCAAUACCAGCAGCAGCAGCUUCCGUAUACAACGAAUUCAAUGGUACCAGAAUCAACGCAGUAUUCUCCAAUUUCAAGCCAACAACUAGAACAAGUGUCAAAAUUAGGGCAAUCAAAGAAGAAACACAACAGAGACAGACAAAUACCUCUUCUUCUUCUUCUCCAGAUGAGAUUACUAAGAAGUACGGCCUUGAAGUAGGCCUCUGGAAGAUCUUUAGCUCCAAGGAGGAUGAAGAAGGUGAUGGAAAGAAAUCGAAAGGAGAUCAAGCCAAGGAGCUGUUGACGAAAUACGGGGGAGCUUACCUAGCAACCUCCAUAACCCUCUCAUUGAUCUCGUUUUCUCUAUGCUAUGCUCUCAUUACUGCUGGUGUUGAUGUUCCAGCAUUGUUGCAAAAGGUGGGGAUUUCAGCUGGUGAAACUGGAGAGAAAGUGGGGACUUUUGCAUUGGCAUAUGCAGCACAUAAAGCAGCAUCACCCAUAAGAUUUCCGCCUACCGUAGCCCUCACCCCGAUUGUUGCUAGUUGGAUAGGCAAAAAAGUCGAUAAAGAUAACUAGUUUGUAUCAUUCGAAUACAUUUGUAGUCUAUGUAUAAAUGCAUUUCCUUCCAGCUUAGGGGGUGUUCGGAUACGUCAAUAGUAUUGUUGACAUACACGCACUUAUGUUUUUUUAAGUUGUAAUAGUUGGCAAGAUAACCAGAUAUUUUUUGAACAA